UUUAAACUGUUUUCAUUAGUUUAUAUACUCAUACCAUCUGUAAUGAACAAUUAAAAAUAUAUUAUGCUCAAAUAAUAAAAUAUGGUUUGAAAUUUUAACAGUAGUGAGUACCACGACUGUUGGAAACAACUCUCAAAAAUUGUAAUAUAUAACAUGAUACUUCAAAUAGUUAUUUUUCUAAACUUAUUAUUUGGUUUUAAUAACACGGUGAAGAUCGUUAGUAAAUUGGGAAAUAUAGCUAUGGAUAAAGUUAAUAGUGCGAAUGCAGCAAUAAAUGGCGUUCAAGAUAGUCAAGUUGAUAUUUUAUAUUGGAAUUCAAUAUGUGGAAACGAUAAUCCAAUGAAAAUUGAAUUUGGAAAUGAAACUGACAUAUUCAACUAUUGGAUUCCAGAUUUACCUCUUAAAGUCGUUGUACACGGAUGGCUUGAUUCUGGAACUGACGAAGAUGGCGCUUCAUAUGUUAAGACUGCAUAUGUUGACGUCGGAGGUUUUAACGUUAUUACAGUGGACUGGGGAAGAUUAGCAUCAACUAUAACAUAUCCGUUAACGGCAUCUUUUUCAAAAGAUGUGGGUGCUAUCAUUGCUAGAAUGUUAGAAAAAUUAGUAAGUUUUGAAAUUAUUAAUGUUGACAAUAUACACUUAAUUGGCCACAGUCUAGGAGCACAUAUUGCUGGAGCUUGUGGUUCUAGUUUUAAAUUUGGAAAAAUUGGUAGAAUUACAGGUCUCGAUCCGGCUGGUCCAGGAUUUGAAUAUCUACAAAUUGAUGUUCCACAUCUUAAUUAUAAUGAUGCAUUAUUUGUAGACGUGAUUCAUACAGCUGCAGGUGUGAUCGGUUAUUCUAAAUCAAUAGGCCACGUUGACUUUUAUCCAAACGGUGGAAAAUCACCUCAGCCCGGAUGUAAUCAAGGCAGACGUCCAACAAAUAAACUUAGUGCUAUACAUUGUAGUCAUUCAAGGGCAUAUUUACUUUACGCAGAUACUGUAUACAAUAGAAAAUCAAUAGUUGGUAUACAAUGCAACUCCUGGGAAAAUUUUCAAAAUGGAGCUUGCAAUUCUGGACAGAUGUCAUACAUGGGUCACGAUACUACACCAAAGUUAGAACUUAUUACUAACACCCAUUGAACUGGAAUUUACUCCGUGCAAUGUGUCAGAGGAGAUUUUUACUUAAUUACCAAUGAUUCUUCCCCAUAUGCAUACAAUGAGUUUAGAAAUGUAGAGUCACAGACAAAUGAAUUAUAAAACCAUGAAGACUAUUGUAAUAAAUUUGAAUGAAUCUAAAAAAUUGAAAAACUUGAAUACUGUAUUCUAUAAUAAUUACAGAACAAAGUUUUAUAAAUUA